CUGCGUAACCACGGCACCUCACCUCAUGCACAACCCAUGAACUAUGCCGCCAUGGUCGUAGAUGACCUGCACUUCUUCCGCACACACACCCUCACGAACGUCCCUCUGCUCGGUCAUCCAACGGGAGGAAAGGUUGCGAUGUUUGUUGCGCUCAGCCCCAGAGUCCCACCAGACCUCAAGCAACUUAUUUUCGCAGACAUCUCGCGCCCGUGA